AGUGCACUAGUGGGAUUAUCUCUCUCUAUAUAUAUCCCAUAAAACAUCAUAUAUUUGUAAAUACGUAGCUAAGUGCGAGUUGCAAAGAGAACACAGCAAGCAAUAUGGCUUCUAUGCCUGGAAUUCUCACUGACUGGCCAUGGAAGCCUCUCGGAAGCUUUAAGUAUGCGAUAUUGGCUCCCUGGGUCAUUCAAAACAUAUACUCGUACGUGGUUAGAGCAGAAAAUGAUUUGUCAAGCUUUCUCAUCUUCCCAUUUAUACUGGGAAGAAUGAUCCACAACCAGUUAUGGAUCAGCCUCUCCCGCUACCGGACAGCCAAAGGGAGUAACAGGAUUGUCGACAAAGGCAUUGAAUUCGACCAAGUAGAUAGAGAAAGAAACUGGGAUGAUCAAAUACUGUUCAAUGGGAUCGUUUUUUACGUCGGUACCAUGGUAAUUCCGGGGGCCACCCAUUUGCCUAUGUGGAGAAGCGAUGGCAUAAUACUGACGAUGUUGCUUCAUGCGGGGCCGGUGGAGUUUCUUUACUACUGGUUUCACCGACUUCUGCAUCACCACUAUCUCUACUCCCGCUACCAUUCCCACCACCAUACCUCCAUCGUCACCGAGCCCAUUACCUCCGUGAUUCACCCAUUUGCGGAACACAUAGCAUACUUCAUGUUAUUUGCGAUUCCAAUUUUGACAACUUUGUUUAAUGGAACGGCAAGCGCUGCAAGUUUAACUGGUUACGUUGCCUUCAUCGACUUCAUGAACAAUAUGGGCCACUGCAACUUCGAGCUCAUUCCCAAAUGGCUCUUUUCCAUUUUUCCUCCUCUCAAGUACCUCAUGUACACCCCAUCGUUCCAUUCUCUUCACCACACUCAGUUCCGAACCAAUUACUCGCUAUUCAUGCCUAUCUACGAUUACAUCUAUGGUACAGUGGACAAAUCUUCUGAUACCCUUUAUGAAUAUUCACUCAAAAGAAAAGAGGAAUUCCCUGAUGUCGUCCACCUAACCCAUAUUACCACUCCCCAGUCCAUCUAUCACCUACGUCUGGGAUUUCCCUACUUGGCCUCCAGCCCCGAGACAUCCAAAUGGUACCUCUGCUUAAUGUGGCCUAUCACACUGUGGACCAUGAUGUUGACUUGGAUUUAUGGUCGUACAUUUGUAGUUGAGAGGCAUCGCUUUGACAAACUCAGAUUACAAACUUGGGCCAUACCCAAAUACAAUAUCCAGUAUUUCAUGCAAGGGCAAAAUCAAUCCAUUAAUCACAUGAUUGAAGAAGCCAUACUUGAAGCUGAGCAUAAAGGCGUUAAAGUGUUGAGUCUUGGUCUCUUGAAUCAGGGGGAAAAGCUGAAUAGAUAUGGCGAGCUUUAUGUGCAUAGGCAUCCUACGCUGCAAACAAAGGUGGUGGAUGGAAGUAGUCUAGCAGUAGCUGUUGUGCUUAAUAGCAUACCUAAAGGAGCUACCCAAGUUCUCCUUAGGGGAAGGCCCAAUAAGGUUGCCUGUGCUAUUGCCUUGGCCCUGAGCCAGAGGGGAACCCAGGUAGCAACUAUCCUCCAGGACGAUUAUGAGAAGCUUAAGGCAUCAUUUGGCAGCGAGCCUCCCAAUAAUCUAGUUCUUUUAAAAAAUUAUACUUUGAAGACGUGGCUAGUGGACGAUGGAUUGAGUGAAGAGGAGCAAAAGAAAGCAACAGAAGGAACUGUAUUUAUUCCUUUGUCCCAACUUCCACCAAAGAAAAUGAGAAAGGACUGCUUUUACCAUAGCACACCGGCAAUGGUAGCUCCCACGUCUCUUGAAAAUGUGGACUCUUGUGAGAAUUGGCUGCCUAGAAGGGUGAUGAGUGCAUGGCGUGCGGCUGGAAUAGUGCAUGCCUUAGAAGGAUGGAAUGUGCACGAGUGCGGUUACUCCAUGUUCAACGUUGACAAAGUUUGGGAAGCAGCUCUUCAACAUGGCUUUAAACCUCUAACUGCCGCCACUACUAUUCACUCUAAUUAAAUUCUAGUUUAUAAAUUUGCUGCUACUGCGCUGUAUCUUUUUUCACUGUUAUUAUCAUUUUGCAAAAAUUAAAAACUGUUAUUAUCAUUUUGAAAACGUAAGCUGUCCGAAUCAGCGAUUUGUGUCCGUACUGAAAUAAGAAGUUAAUUGGCUAUUAACGCGA